AUACUUAUAACGCAUCCCACCUCACCAGACCUCAACGAGAUCUGCAACCUUGGAGCAUAAGAGCCAUGGCAGAGGCAGAACAGUUUGACUGGCGAGAUCCCGGCCGUAACCCUCUCGUUACCGCCAAUCUCACUCUCCGAGGCCUGGAAAAACGCAUCAAAAAGCCCUGUGACAGCGACUGUGCCGAAGCCGCUACCAGAUUCCUCGGUUAUCUGCGGGGGACUCAAGACAUCACAGGUCAGCAACGUCAUAUAAAGGGAAAACAGUUCAACAUGGAUUGGGAUUUGCCUGUUUAUCGGCUCGACAGCUUCAUUUCGUCUUGUACCGACGACGACACCACCAAGUACACCCUGGGCCAGGCCACCGACUGGUUCAUCCACACGGGGGAUGCUAAUUUGGAACAUCUCGUUGACCAUACCCUCAAAACUUGUCCCAACAAGUUUUGCAAGUCCUUAAAAUGGGAAGGCAAUCCGGAUGUGUCUGGCAUCGGGGUUUAUGCCGCGUUCAUGGUCCAAGCCGCCCUCGCCACUCUGUUCCUGCUAUUCUACAUUCGCUUUUAUGUAAAAGAUGUGGUGGACGUGAACAAGCCCGAGGAGGAACCAACUCUCCCCAAGCAACUUCAAGACAACGACAGCCCCACAGACCCUCAACCUACUUCCCAGCAACAUGACGACCAGCCCGCCGCCCAAAAAGCGACCAAGCUAUUCGACCCCAUCGCCUUCCGCGAAACCGCCGACGACUGCCUCGAGGUCUUUUGGACCACCUGCUACGUCUUCGCCUUCACCUUUGUCAUAGCCGCGAUCGCCUUCAUCACUCAAGCUGAUAAAGACUCAACCGGCCGGGUCUACUCUGGCUAUUUCACCUAUCUGGGCGCCGUCAACUCCAUCGCCGUGCUGAUCUGUCUCUGGCCGUGGUUUCCCGGUCGGCGCAAGUACCCAAUGCUGACCUUUUCCGGGCUGACCGUGCUCCUCUGUAUGAUGGCCGUCGUCAGCAUCAAAUUUUUCAGAAUCAGCCUGGGACGAAACAAGACCACGUUCGAAGCCAGGUGCCUGGGAACGGUGCAUUCGGCUCAGACCGUGCAGAAGCUGGUCAAGGGCACUCCAUACGCCGUCUUUGCGCUGAUCGUUUUAUGGGGCGGCGCGUUGCUGGUCAUCCGGAUCCGGACUCCCAAAAUGACCGACAAGGGGAAAGAUACGGUCCUGACGCUCUAUUUGGUUUUGACGGGCAUCUUUGGCGGAUUUUUGGUCCUCACUAGCUUUGUUCUUGUCUGGCUUUCUCUGGGCUUCUUCCAUUCCCUCCGCCAACAUGCGGAGAAUCUGUCGGGGUUGUCGUACGCGGAGAAUGACUGGGGUUUUGGUCAGGUCGCCGCUAUUGUGGCGUGGGUGCCAAUCUUUGGACAGUUCUCCGCGAUCGUCAUCCGUGGACUCGCCAGACUUCUCCCCGUUGGGGCCAGAGAGCUGUUUGAACCCGUGCCCAAAGAUCAGAGGGGAACAGCACGAGUGCUGGCCCAAGCCCUCCGCAAUAGGAAACAUCAACAUACACAGCGGCCUGCAAGCAUCACGGCGGAAGCGGUGCCGCUGUCGUCACUUCAGAGAAUCAGCCAUGACGAAGAAGAUGUUGGGACGACAUCGGCUGGGGCUGGGAGUCAUGCACAAUGAUCUCGAGGCGAAACCCAUCCGAUAGAGAUUGUUAUGGAGCUCCGAUGGUAUGUGAGAUGCGGUGAUCCAGAUCGAUCGAGUGGAAAAUGAAGCGAGAAGCUCAAAUCGCGUUUGGCAUUAAUUGCUGCAUGACCUUGAUGUCUUCACUCUCAAUCUUCACUGAUGAGUGCAAACGCUGUGAUGGAUGGAUGCUAAGGAAACGGCAAUCGUAGCGCGAUUGGAGUUGUUCGGGAUGCUCAAGGACAUCCGGCAAGUGGACUACAGAGUUGAGCUUUGGAUUGGUAUAAAAGCCCACGGUCGAGUCGGCUGAUGACUGAAAUGGAUGCCUGACGUAGAAACUAAAUAGAUGCGAAAAUGCGCGGGAUAGGUUCAGGGCUCGUCAUGGGCUAUCAUGG